AUGGAGAUGCUUGCGAUCAAGGUGGGCUUGUCGAAGGCCGCAACGUUGAACAUUAUGCAGGUCCAGGUCCGUUCUGAUUCGCUUCUUGCUGUCCAAAUGAUCCUGGGGCGCUAUCAGCCACCAUGGUAUAUAAUAGGGCUGUUGGGAGAGAUUCAUGCGCUUCGGGGGCAAUUCAGGAGUUGUGUCUUCACACAUCAUGUUCGAGAGAUGAAUUUCUGUGCUGACUUUUUGGCCAACUUUGUUCAAUUGGCUCAGGAAAUCCAUCUUUGCAUGGAUAGCCUUCCUAGGGGGUUGUCUGCUCUUCUGAGAGACGAUGCCAAUGGCAAGAAGUAUUUUCGAAUGUAA